AUGCCCGGUACCGACGAAUCCGCACCCUACGUGCAGAAAAUUGAUGAUGCACAAAAGAGGGCACUCGUCCCCGCUGUCAAGUCGUACAACAACGAAGCAUUCUUACGAAGCACACAAGGUCGCCUUAUUCGUAUCUUGUGCGAAUUUGAGGAGCCCGCGGCAAGACUGCGCAAAAAUCACAUUCGCUCCACCGUCCUGUUGUUUGGCAGUGCGCGCUCCAUGACGAAAGAAGAACACAAAGCUGCCAUGGAGAGCCGUGUGACUGCCCUCAAAUCCGCAACCGACCCGCAGGAGAAGACUCGCAUCGAGACGGAGAUGAAGCGCCUGCGAAGUAUUGAAUGGAUGUGCGAAUGGAUGGAAAGGGUUACCGAGCUGUCGAAACGUAUUGCCGAGUUCUCCCUCAAGGAGAAGGAGUUGAUUAAUGCCUCCUUCUCUCGCCUCCCGGACUAUUUCCGGCCAAGUUUGAGCGCAGUUAACAAAGAAGCUGACGUGGAUGCGGAAGCGGAUUUGUUUCACGAUUUGGUAGUCACCACUGGCGGGGGACCUGGUUUCAUGGAGGCUGCAAACAAGGGCGCAUCUUCUGUUCCGGGUGCGCUGACGAUGGGAAUGGGCAUAUCGCUUCCCUUUGAAGCAGGGCUCAACCGAUAUGUGACGGCAGGUCUGGCAUUCACAUUCCAUUAUUUCUUCACUCGCAAGUUCUGGAUGAUGUACUCCUGCCGUGCGAUCGUCAUCGCGCCCGGGGGAUUCGGAACGAUGGAUGAGGUUUUCGAACUGUUGACGCUGCGGCAGACGCGGAAGAUUCCUGAGUUUCCCAUUGUUCUCUUCUGCACCAAAUUUUGGAAGACAGUGGUGAACUGGGAAGCGCUUGCUGAGUUCGGAACCAUAUCAAAGGAGGAGGUUGACUCGCUUUGCUUCACCGACUCUGUGGACGAGGCAGUCGCAUUCAUUCGGAAUUUCUUUGUAAAGAAUGGAGCAUCGUAA